GAGAGCUUGUCAGAGAUUCUGAGCCUUCCCCGUUCCUCAAGGUAAUAGAAAUUCGCAGUUGCGGCAAUCUACAACUCCUAUCAGGCAAUCUAGACCAAUCAAUGCUCAGCGUCCAUCCCCAUUUUACUCCAAAGCACUUCUCCACUCUGCAAUUGUGUUCCCUGUGUGUUCUUGUGAGUUCUGACUGCAGCUCCAAUGGCUGAGCUGGUGGCUAGCAUGGUGGUCGGGCCACUGGUGUCCAUGGUGAAGGAGAAGGCGUCCAGCUACCUCCUGAACCGGUACAAGGUGAUGGAGGGCAUGGAGGAGCAGCACGAGAUCCUGAAUCGCAAGCUUCCUGCCAUCCUCGACGUCAUCGCCGAUGCCGAGGAGCAGGCAACCCACCGUGAAGGGGCAAAAGCAUGGCUUGAGAAGCUCAAAACUGUGGCAUACGAGGCAAAUGAAGUCUUCGACGAGUUCAACUACGAGGCGCUCCGCCGCGAAGCCAAGAAGAAGGGGCACAUCACCAAGCUCGGCAUGGGUGCAGUAAAGCUCUUUCCUACUCACAACCGUAUUGCGUUCCGUUACAGGAUGGGCAACAAGCUUCGCAGGAUUGUGCAGACCAUUAAGAUACUUGUGGAUGAAAUGAAUUCUUUUGGAUUCAAAUAUCAACGGCAAGCACCAGCAUCUAAGCAGUGGCGUCAGACGGAUUCCAUCAUUGUUGAUCCAGAGAAUAUUGUCAAUAGAUCCAGAGACGAGGAGAGGCAGAAGAUUGUUAACAUCAUAACUGAUAAGGCCAACACUUCAGAUCUCACGGUCGUUCCCAUCGUUGGGAUGGGUGGGCUAGGCAAAACCACCCUCACUCAGCUCAUCUACAAUGACCCUGAUGUCAAGAAGCAUUUCCAACUUCGGAAUUGGGUCUGCGUGUCAGAUGAUUUCGAUGUUUGUAAUCUUGCUAACAAGAUCUGCAACACCUCUGGUGAGAACAACCUAGAGAAGGCACUGCAGAAACUUCAGCAAGAACUCCACAGAAAGAGGUACCUUCUUGUACUGGAUGACGUUUGGAAUAAGAAUAUCGACAAGUGGGAGAAGCUGGAGGCCUGUCUUAAACAUGGGGAUGUCGGCAGUGUCGUAUUAACGACAACUCGUGAUAAAGAAAUAGCUAAACUCAUGGGUACAGUUCAAGACCAUGACAUCACAGUUUUGGACAAGAAAUUCAUACAUGAAAUUAUUGAAAGAAGAGCAUUCAGUGUGCAAAACAGCAAGCCAGCUGAGCUAGUUAAGUUGGUUGAUCAGAUUGCAGAGAGAUGUGCUGGGUCUCCAUUAGCAGCAAAAGCAUUGGGAUCUGUAUUACGUAACAAGACUACUGUGGAAGAAUGGGAAGCCGUAUUACAAGGAAGCAGCAUAAGCAAUGAUGAGACUGGAAUUUUACCUAUACUCAAGCUCAGCUACGAUGACUUGCCAGCUGACAUGAAGCAAUGCUUUUCUUUUUGUGCUAUGUUUCCCAAGGAUUAUGAGAUUGACGUGGACAUGCUUAUUCGACUAUGGAUGGCCAAUGGUUUUAUCUCAGAGCAAAAAGGAGUACGUACUGAAAUUAUUGGUAAACGGAUUUUCAACGAGUUGGUUUCAAGGUCAUUCUUCCAGGAUGUGAAGGAAGUCACGGUUGACGAAGAUAAAAGAAGGCAUGGUUACUGUACAAGAAAUGUAUGUAAGAUCCAUGACCUCAUGCAUGAUGUUGCAUUGUCUGCUAUGAAAAAAGAGUGUGUUUUUAGAACUGAGGAAACUAGUCAAAGUAUUGAGUUGCUUCCAAAUACUGCUCGUCAUUUAUAUUUUUCAUGUUAUGGAUCACAGACACUGGCUAUUUUAAAUCAUUCUAUGAAGAAAAUGUCUCUAGCUAUCCAAACACUGAUGGCUGGUGGAUAUAUGGAUGAAAAUUUGCAGCAUUCAUCAAAAUACAGUUCUUUGCGAGCAUUACAACUCUGUGCUUCGAGUCUGCCAAUGAAACCAAAGCAUCUGCAUCAUCUAAGGUAUCUUGAUCUGUCAGGAAGUUCUAUCAUAGCACUUCCGGAAGAUAUAAGCAUCCUAUAUAAUCUUCAGACGCUAAACCUUUGUGGCUGCGAAAAUCUUGAUCGACUUCCCAAGCAAAUGAAGUACAUGACUGCCCUCCGUCACCUCUACACUCAUGGAUGUGAGAAGUUGAAGUGCAUGCCUCCGGAGCUUGGACGACUCACCUCCCUUCAGACACUUACAUAUUUUGUAGUGGGUAGUGGCUCUAAUUGCAGUAAUCUUGGAGAGCUGCAGCAUUUAAACAUUGGUGGUUCACUACUGCUAAGUCAGCUCGAAAAUGUGACACAAGCAGACGCAAAAGCAUCCAAUCUUGGAAAUAAGAAGGAACUGAGAGAACUGUCGUUAAGGUGGACAAGUGGUAAGGAGGAGGAACAACAAUGUCAUACGGUGCUAGAGGACCUCAAAGCUCAUGAUGGACUGCAGGCUCUAAUGAUAUAUUCCUACCAAGGCACCACUUUUCCAACAUGGAUAGGUAUGUUGCAAAACUUGGUUGAGCUUCGACUGCUUGAUUGUAGGAAAUCCAAGCAGCUUCCUCCAUUGUGCCAGCUACAAGAGCUGGGACUUCUUCAUUUGGAAGGAUUACAAAAUUUGCAGUACUUGUGCAUCGGUGGUACGUCCUCCACUUUCCGAAAACUGAAGGAGCUUAAGAUAGUUCGUCUGCCAGAUUUUGAUAGAUGUUGUGAGGCAAAUUUGGUGGCAGGAGAGCAAAUAACAUUUCCUCAGCUUGAAAAGUUGUUUAUUGAGCGCUGUGAAAAGUUCACUGCAUUACCAGAAGCGGCAUUGCUGAAAGAAUCGUAUGGUGGAGGAGAUUAUACAAUGGCCCGCUCAGCAUUUCCAGAAUUGAAGGAGCUCCAAUUGAUAGAAUUAAGCAGCUUUCAAAGCUGGGAUGCAGCCCCUGGAAUUCAAGUAGGACAGCUAAUAUUCCCUCUGCUUGAAAAGUUGUUGAUUAAGCGUUGUGAAAAGUUCACUGCAUUACCAAAAGCGGCAUUGCUGAAAGAAUCGUAUGGUGGAGGAGAUUAUACAAUGGCCCGUUCAGCAUUUCCAGAAUUGAAGGAGCUCAAAUUGAUAGAAUUAAGCAGCUUUCAAAGCUGGGAUGCAGCCCCUGGAGUUCAAGUAGGACAGCUAAUAUUCCCUCUGCUUGAGACUGUCUGUAUUUCGAAAUGCCCACAGUUAACAAAUCUACCUAAAGCACCAAAGCUCAGAGUAUUAGAGAUAACUGAAGGCAACCCACAUAUGUACCAAAGCUCAGAGUAUAUGACGUCAUUAUCCACUUUGACAUUGGGCAUCCAAGAAGGAGAAACAACAAGUGUGAUUGAUCUGGUGGACGGCAAGGAGAAAUGGAAUGGUAAAUCCCCUCUGACAGGUAUGGUGCUAAUCGGGUGCAACUUGUUCUUCCACUCAAGUGCACUAGUGCUGUGGCCUUGUUUUGAGCAGCUCCAAAGUCUAGAAAUUCAGAGUUGCGAUGCGCUUGUCUGCUGGCCGGAGAAAGAGUUUCAAAGCUUGGUAUCCUUGAGGAGGCUGACUAUUUGGGAAUGCAAUAAUCUGAUUGGAUACGCACAAGGUCCUGACCAGCCAGCAUCAUCCAAAAGAAGCCAACUUUUGCCCCAUCUCGAGUAUCUACAGAUAAAUGGUUGUGCAAGCCUGGUAGAGGUCUUCAACCUCCCAGCGUCUCUCAAGCAAAUGCGUAUUUGGCGGUGCCGUAAGCUUGAGCGCAUAUUCGGCGAGCAACAGGAGAAGCCAGCAUUAACUCAAGGGCCUAGCACUGACGUCAUGGCAGUACCGGAGCUGUCAUCAUCGGCCAGGGACCACUUCCUUCCGUGUCUUGAAAGACUAGAAGUUGGAUCGUGUGACAGCUUGUCAGGGGUUCUCAGCCUUCCCCCGUCCCUCAAGGAAAUACGAAUUGGCGAUUGCGGCAAUCUAGAAGUCCUAUCAGGCCAGCUGGAUGCACUCAUUACACUAAUUAUUUAUGAUUGCCCGAGGUUGAGGUCCCUGGAAUCCUGCUUGGGAGAGCUCCCAACGCUGGAAUGCCUUUCUCUUUGGAAAUGUGAAAGCCUGACAUCCUUGCCCACUGGGCUACCAGCAUACUCAUCUCUUUCUCAUCUUGCAAUUCGAGAUUGUCCUGGUAUAAAGUUGCUUCCUUCAUCCCUGCGUCAACGUCUGGACAGCAUCGCGUAUAAAAAUCUCGAUGCUCGUCACGAAGGUGCCAAGCUAUUGAAACCAAAGACAUAGAAAUACGCCGUCUCUAGAAACUAGUGAGCUAACAAUAACCCAAGUAUCAGGAAAGUUACUAAGCAGAAUUGUUCCAAGACUAACAAAUGGUGAUGAGAUCAAAUGGAAUGGAGAUGUAGAAUAUAUUGCUCACUGGCAUAGACAGAACAUCUCGACAAAGAUUUCCCCCAUCCCGAAACAUAAUCUGACAAAUUAAAAACAUAUAACAUGUAAGUUACAGUCAAAAGACCAUCAGAGAUUUAUUUGUGCAAAACAAGUUCAUCCAAAAGAAACAUAUUUAGAUAUGUGCCACGAAUUUGCAACAAGUUAGCUAUAUAUGCUGGUUUAUCCCCAUGAUUAGGAGCGUUGUUAUGCAUUUUGCAUAUGUGUUGUAGGUAUCAUGAUGCUUCUUUGUAACUGAGCUUGGAGAAAGAUUAUAUUAUAUUUGUGGCUAUUUACUUCUAUUAUG